GGGGCUCAUCGGCGCCGCUGACGUGGCUGCGCUGCUGCACGUCGCCGUCGCGCAUGUACGGCAGCAGCAGCAGCCGACGACGUUGGCGCCGGCGGCGGACCCGUUGCCAACCCGUCAACAAUCUCCGGCAGCAGCGAAGGAGUCGUCGAUGUCAGCUGCUGGUACGGCAGCAGCAGCGGUGGCGGAGGUGCACGCGGGUGGUUUGGUAUUGUACCUGCGGCGGGUGCUGCAUCAGCGGCUGGAGGCGGGGGAGACGGUGCCGCUGACGUUGCUGGUUCGGUCGCUUGAGGACCUGAGAGCCAAGCCGCUGCAAGGCGUGGGCUACAAGCUGAGGCGGGCGGCAACCGACCUGCGUGCCCAGCUCAUGAAGUGUAUCUGCGACGAAGCAACCAAAAUGUACGGAGGCACCCGCGCACCAUCAACAACAACAACAACAACAACAACAACUCCCGAUGUCGCCGCCACCGCUGGACCUACCGCCGGCCUACCUGCAUCAGCAACCGCCACAACCGCCGCCGAAACAACAACCGCAACCGUCCCUAACGCACGUUCCUACUUUGGCCCGUACUUUGCCGCCCUAGAGGCCCUUGAGAACGAGCUCCAAGCCUCAACACCUACGUCACAACCCCCGUCAUCGCCUGGCUCCAAUACCAAUACCACCACCAGCACCAACACCAAUACCAGCACCAACACCACCAGCGACGAGGGGCCCACCACCUGCCACACGCACGUCCCCAUGACAACGCUAGCGAUGGAGGCUGCGGCGGCGGCACGUGCGCUGUUAAUCGUGCUACCGCUCGCUUCCACCUCCGCCGCUGUCACCUCCGGAGCCGUUUCCGUGGAUCGUGUUGUGGGGCUCGUAUUGGG